GCCCCGCCGAGCCGAGCCCCAGGAGCCGAGCCGGAGCGCCGGCCCCAGCGCCCGAAGCCAUGCCGGCCGGCCGCGCCGCGCGCACCUGUGCGCUGCUCGCCCUUUGCCUGCUGGGCAGCGCGGCCCAGGAUUUCGGGCCGACGCGCUUCAUCUGCACCUCGGUGCCGGUGGACGCCGACAUGUGCGCCGCGUCCGUGGCCGCCGGCGGCGCCGAGGAGCUCCGGAGUAACGUGCUGCAGCUCCGCGAGACCGUGCUGCAGCAGAAGGAGACCAUCCUGAGCCAGAAGGAGACCAUUCGCGAGCUGACCACCAAGCUGGGCCGCUGCGAGAGCCAGAGCACGCUGGACGCGGGCGCCGGCGAGGCCCGGGCCGGCGGUGGCCGCAAGCAGCCCGGCUCGGGCAAGAACACCAUGGGCGACCUGUCCCGGACGCCGGCCGCGGAGACGCUCAGCCAACUCGGGCAAACUUUGCAGUCGCUCAAAACCCGCCUGGAGAACCUCGAGCAGUACAGCCGGCUCAAUUCCUCCAGCCAGACCAACAGCCUCAAGGACCUGCUGCAGAGCAAGAUCGAUGACCUGGAGAGGCAGGUGCUGUCUCGGGUGAACACUCUGGAGGAGGGCAAGGGCGGCCCCAGGAACGACACGGAGGAGAGGGUCAAGAUCGAGAGCGCCCUGACCUCCCUGCACCAGCGGAUCAGCGAGCUGGAGAAAGGUCAGAAGGACAGCCGCCCCGGGGACAAGUUCCAGCUCACAUUCCCGCUGCGGACCAACUACAUGUACGCCAAGGUGAAGAAGAGCCUGCCGGAGAUGUACGCCUUCACCGUGUGCAUGUGGCUCAAGUCCAGCGCGGCCCCCGGGGUGGGCACGCCCUUCUCCUACGCCGUGCCGGGCCAGGCUAACGAGCUGGUCCUCAUCGAGUGGGGCAACAAUCCCAUGGAGAUCCUCAUCAAUGACAAGGUGGCCAAGCUGCCCUUCGUGAUCAAUGACGGCCAGUGGCACCAUAUCUGCAUCACCUGGACCACCCGGGACGGGGUCUGGGAAGCCUACCAGGAUGGCACCCAGGGCGGCAAUGGCGAGAACCUGGCCCCCUACCACCCCAUCAAGCCGCAGGGGGUCCUGGUGCUGGGCCAGGAGCAGGACACCCUGGGCGGCGGGUUUGACGCCACCCAAGCAUUCGUGGGCGAGCUGGCACACUUCAACAUCUGGGACCGCAAGCUGACCCCCGGGGAGGUGUACAACCUGGCCACCUGCAGCCCCAAGGCCCUUUCUGGGAACGUCAUCGCCUGGGCCGAGUCCCACAUCGAGAUCUACGGGGGAGCCACCAAGUGGACAUUCGAAGCCUGUCGCCAGAUCAACUGAGGCUCCUGCCCAGCGGAGCCUCCUGCCCUCGGGCCGGCCCACCCGCCUCCCCCCUGCUUGUGCGGUGAUGACUCUCUCGCGUCUUCUUGUCUCCCUCUCCCCAGGAGUGACUCAAGGCCCACGCACGCGCACGCACACAGCCCGGGUCACCCUCGUGCCCGGGAGGCACCCCCCAGGGUCUCAGCCCACCCCGCUCCCCGGCGGCUGCAGCACGGGGCCAGGCAGACGUAGGUGAGGAUGUGCGUGUGUGGCAGGUGUGUGUCGGGGGGGAGGCGCUUUCCUCCAGAAGGAGCUGCCUCCUUUCCUCCUUCCUCUGUGGUGUUGGGAAAGCUCACGACAGGCUGAGCAUCAGCUCUUGGGACCCUGUGAGCUGCCCCCGGGCCUCGGGGCCUCCUCCACAUGCACGUCUGUCUUGGCAAACCUUUUCCAGAGCCACGUCUCUACCGGGAAAAUAA